AAAGGCCCGAAGCUCCAAGCCAAUGGUGCUGUUAUAUCGAUGCAGAGAAGAUACGUCCCUCUCCCUUCGGUCCACGAAACACGCCUGUUCUGCCCCAGUCAAAAGCCACCUCACACCAGCUAGCUGCUCUCUGCUUCACACACGAGAACGACAAACCAGCACAAGCAGCGAAGGAGAGAGAAUGAGAGAACCCUGCUUCUUCUCUCUUCUUCUUUUCCCUGCUCUUAAUCUUCAUGACUGCCUGAGCAUCUCCUCCGGUUAAGAUUAAGACUAUUGUAUAGUUUGCAAUGGCUAUAUCUUCUAAGCUUUACUGCGAUGAGGAUGCCGAUGCGUUGGUCUCCUGGGGGAUGGAAGACGCCGUCGGAGAAGUAUGUGCCGACGAUUGUAUCCCGACUUUGUUUCCCAUCAAUGGCGAGAGGUUCCGCUCUCUACUGGCCGCGGAAGCUGGCUAUAUGCCACAAUCGGAGUAUGUCUCGCGCUAUCUGUCCGGUUCGCUUGACAUCACCGCUCGCCAGGAUGCGAUCAACUGGAUCCUCAAGGUAUCGGAGUUCUACCGCUUCCACCCACUCACCGCAUACCUCUCAAUCAACUACCUCGAUCGCUUCCUCUCCCUCAAUGCUCUUCCGCAGCAGAACGGGAAGAAGCACGGCGUCGGCAGCUGGACAAUGCAACUCCUAUCAGUGGCCUGCCUCUCGGUGGCGGCGAAAAUGGAGGAGACCCACGUCACCCUGUUUCCAGAUCUCCAGAUUUUUAACCCCGAGUUUGUCUUCGAUCCGCGAACGAUCUGCCGCAUGGAGCUGCUUCUCAUGUCCGCAUUGCGUUGGCGAAUGCGAGCCUUAACUCCGUUCGAUUUCAUUUCAUACUUCGGCGCCGCCAUCAUCUUAUCCGACGACGGCUCUGUUCACCCACCUCCUUUCUCCCGGUCAGCUGAUCUGAUUCUCAGCACCCAUCGGGUGGUUGAUUUUCUCGGUUUCCGGCCAUCGGUUAUCGCCGCUUCGGCGGUCCUUUGCGCCGCUUCAGAAGUUCACAAUUCCCCUGCAACUUACGACUCCAGUAUCUUUGACCACUUGGUCAGCAAGGAGAUGGUGAGUGAGUGUCGCCAGCAAAUGGAGGAAUAUCUGAUCGACACCUGUCCAAUAGAUCGGCGGGGGAUGACCGGGGGGCCUUCACGCAAAGCCCCGUCGGCGUUCUCGACGCGGCGGCUUGCGGGAGCUGCCGCACCUUAA